AUGACUAUUUUCACUACAGGCUGGUUUAGCUGUGGCCGGCUCCAGCUGGUCCGGAGCAAGACGGUUCUCCUGCUCUGCUUCCUCUCCGGCAUGGCCCUGGUCUAUCUCUUCUACUUCUACGACAACUACACUCCUGUUCCACCGCCAGCACUUCAAGAAGCCGUCAGGAUACCCCAGGCUGUGGUCCUCCCUAAGACAAAAUGGGACAGGGUAGGCUGGGUGAAGCAGCUGGAGCCAGAGUGGACUCCAUUUAUCUACUCUGUGGAUGGUGAUGAAAGAUAUACCCUCCGCACACCCAAGAACGUAGGCCGUGAAGCCAUGGUGUACCUCUCCUUCAUCAUAGACUACUACCACUCCCUGCCAGAGGUGAUGGCAUUCGUCCACAGUGCCAACAAGCAAUGGCACAAUGACUUCAAGGGCCGUAAGACAGUCAAGAUCCUCUCUGCCCUGCAGAUCCAGGCAAUCAAGCGGAGAGGAUACGCCAACCUGCGCUGUCUCUGGGAACCGGGUUGUCCGACCUCGCUCAACCCGCUCAACCCGACUGAGACAGAUAUACGCGAGCAGAAUGAACGAGCCCACCUGCCGGAAAUAUACAUGAAGCUGUUCAACGUCAGCCGGAGCGAGGUGCCCGAGCAUAUUGGUGGAGUGUGCUGUGCUCAGUUUGCGGUGACGAGGGAGAGAGUGCAGAAGAGGCCCCGGGAGGAUUAUGUGAGGAUGCGAGAGUGGGCUUUGGACGCCCGUUAUACCAGUUUCGGAGUUGGAUGGGUAUUUGAGCAGAUGUGGCAUAUCAUCUUCAUGGAGGAGGCCAUCCAUUGUCCGUCUGAGGCACAGUGUCGGUGCGAGUUAUACGGCAUCUUAGAUGUCAAGGAGAAGAUCGCAACUGAGAAAGGAUGGCCUGCAUCGCAGCAGAAGCUCAUAUACUCGGGCAAGAUUCUACAAGAUGACAACACAGUUGAGUCAUAUAACAUCGAGGAGAAGGGCUUCAUAGUAUGCAUGGUGUCCAAGCCAAAGGCUGCUCCCUCGGCUUCUGCAGCCUCCUCAUCCCAGACACCGGCUGCUGCACCAUCCGCUCCCGCCCCGAUCACUCCCUCAGCUCCUACCCGUGCAAGUGCUCCCGCUUCAGAGACUCCUGCUACCCCUUCGCCUGCCGGCGGUGCCAGCUCGGGUGCCACAUUCAACGAUCCAUCUGCACUUUUGAUGGGUAACCAGGGCCAGGAAGCUAUCACACAGAUGUUGGCCAUGGGUUUCUCGAGAGGCGAUAUCGACCGUGCCAUGAGAGCUGCGUACUUCAACCCAGACCGUGCCAUUGAAUAUCUGCUAAACGGUAUCCCUGAAGAAUCCGAGAGAGAAGCUCCUAGUGCCCCCGCUGCAGCAGGAGGCGCCGCCAGACCCUCCACCACAUCCGAAGAGCCGUCCGACGCUCAAGUUCAGGAGUCUCUAAAUCUCUUUGAACAAGCCGCCGCGCAAGCCAGCGGAGGCGGAGGUGCUCGUGGUCGUGGUGCUGGUGCCGGUGCCGGUGCCGGGGCAGGCGCAGGAGAAACUGCAGGCAGCCUUGGUAGCCUAGAGUUCUUGCGCAACAACCCUCAUUUCCAGCAGCUCCGCCAGCUUGUCCAGCAGCAGCCACAGAUGCUCGAACCCAUCCUUCAGCAGGUUGGUGCCGGAAAUCCUCAGCUCGCUCAAUUGAUUGGCCAGAACCAGGAGCAGUUCCUGCAGCUGCUCAGUGAGGACGUCGAUGACGAAACACAGCUGCCACCGGGUGCUCAGUCCAUCAGUGUGACAGAGGAGGAGAGAGACGCGAUUGAGAGACUCUGCCGUCUAGGCUUCUCUCGUGACUCCGUCAUCCAGGCUUACUUUGCCUGCGACAAGAACGAAGAGCUGGCUGCCAACUUUCUAUUCGACCAACCCGACGAAAACGAAGAGCAACAGUAG